AUGCGCUUUGAUAUUUCAUGUCAUCACUAUUAUAUUAAGAUUCCCGUAUUGCCGAUUCCAAUUAUUGGCAAUACGACUCUCAAAUUUAAUAACAACAACAUUACAUUAUUGCCAAACAACACUGUUGAUGGCUACGCCGAAGCGCGGGAAUUGCAUUUGCUUAAUAAUCAACUCCAAAACUUAACUGUUGAUCAAUUGCCAACAAAUUUGACAUAUUUGGACUUGCGCAACAAUCGUUUAGAAAAACUUGAUGAACAAGUUCUGGAAUUUCUUUGGAAUAGAUCAAGCAGUUUAAGCAUUAAGCUAUCAGGCAAUCCAUGGAUCUGCGACUGCAACGCCAAGAAUCUUAUAGAAUUUGUUUUGAAGUAUCCCAGGAUCGAGGAUCGAGAUGGUAUCGAGUGCAGUGAUCCCGAUAUUGGACAAAUGUUAAGCAUUGGAUAUGAUAUUUGCGAUCCAUAUGCUAAUUAUGUCAAAACUCCCGUAUUGCCGAUUCCAAUUAUUGGCAAUACUACUCUCAAAUUGAAUAACAACAACAUUACAAUAUUGCCAAACAACACUGUUGAUGGCUACGCCGAAGCGCGGGAAUUGCAUUUGCUUAAUAAUCAACUCCAAAACUUAACUGUUGAUCAAUUGCCAACAAAAUUGAAAUAUUUGGACUUGCGCAACAAUCGUCUGGAAAAACUUGAUGAACAAGUUCUUGAAUUUCUUUGGAACCGGUCAAGCAGUUUAAGCAUUAAGCUAUCAGGCAAUCCAUGGAUCUGCGACUGCAACGCCAAGAAUCUUAUAGAAUUUGUUUUGAAGUAUCCCAAGAUCGAGGAUCGAGAUGGUAUCGAGUGCAGUGAUCCCGAUAUUGGACAAAUGACUUCAACUUUAUAUAAAGAUAUUCCGGAAUUGCCGAUUCCAAUAACUGGAAAUACUUCUCUCAACUUUGAGUACUCAAAUCUAACUAAAUUGCCAUCAAGAAAAUUGUACGGAUAUUCUGAAGUUCGUGAAUUACAUCUGAGUAAUAAUCAACUUUCUGAUAUAGACAUUGAUCAGUUGCCUCUGAAUUUGACAUAUUUAGACUUAAGCAACAACAAUAUCGAAGCUUUCAGGCAAUCCAUGGAUAUGCACAUGUGA